UGAAUCACUCGCUGUAACGUGUGGUUGUGUUGUUCUGUCCUCAGGUCAGUGUUUCCUCUACAUGAAGGUGAUCGAGAGAGCAGCGUUUCCUGCUAAGAUGUGGGAGAAGGUGAAGCUCAGUAAGAACUAUGAGAAAGCUCUGGAGAUGAUCGAUGAGAACCUGAUCUACUGGCCUCGAUUCAUUCGACACAAAUGCAAACAACGUUUCACCAAAAUCACUCAGUACCUGAUCCGGAUGCGCAAGCUGGUCCUGAAGAGACAGAGGAAACUAGUUCCUCUGAGCAGGAAGGUGGAGAGGAGAGAGAAGAGGAAAGAGGAGAAAGCUCUGAUCGCCGCUCAGCUGGACAACGCCAUCGAGAAGGAGCUGCUGGAGCGACUGAAACAGGGAACGUACGGAGACAUCUACAACUUCCCCGUCCACGCCUUCGACAAAGCUCUGGAGCAGCAGGACGAGGAGAGCGAGGAGGAGGAGGAGGAGGAGGAGGAGGAGGAGGACGACGAGGACGUCGGCAAGAGAGAGUUUGUAGCAGAAGAAGAAGCGGAGGAGAGCGACCUGAGCGACUUCGAGGACAUGAACAAACUGAGGACGAGCAGCGACGAGGAGGAGCAAGACGAGGAAGAGGAGUCGUCCAGUGAGGAGGAGGAGGAGGAGAUGGAGGUGGAGAGGAAGACGAAGGCCUCCGGGUCUAAAGGUAAAUCUCCGGCCAGCGGCUCGGCGGUGAGGAAGAAGCGAGCGUUCGUGGAGAUCGAGUACGAGACAGAGCCCGCCCCCAAGAGCACAGCCACGUCGUGAUGUCACAGCCCUCUGCGGCCAAUCAGACGGUGACUCUCUGCUGAGGACACGCCCCCUUAUCAGGCUGCUUAAUGGACACACAGGACGGAUCUGACCUGGAAUCAGAUCAGAACACCCGAAGUGACUUUAUCUUCUUCAGAAUAACUGUUUUGUUUUAUUAAAUAUUGAGUUGGUAAUAAUCUGUGAAAACAAAAACGGAUGAUGAACGUGUCAAUAAAUCAAUUUUGGAAGAAAAUGUAAAGCUGCUGGUUUUCUAUAUUUCUGUAUAUUAACAAAUUGUUUAUUUUAAACAAUCUACCGACGAUGUUAAUGUGCAACGUAAAACCUGAACUAAGAAGAGAAACUUUAUUUUGAUGACAAAAUACGACGUAAAAAAAACUGACUGAAAAACGUCAAAGCAAAAAAAGUCAAUUAAUUUUUUAGCACCUGUAUUUUAUUUUUCAAUGUUUCUCAGUUCGUUAUAUUAUUAAGUGGGAAUAAAGAUUUAUGUAAAGAUGUACUUUUAGUUUUUAGAAAAUAUCUCAGAGUAAAUUAGAUUAAGUGAUUAUAUGUUGGAGGUCAAAGGUCACUGACCUGUGAUAACUAAAGAGUUCAUAUGUUCACUAUCACAUACAAUAAUUCACACGUUCACUAUGACAGAGUCUCAGGAUGAAAUGAAGUGAUAACAUGAUUGUUGGGGGGAAAAAGGUGGCCAUUCUAAUUAAUACCUAUACUACGACUUUGACACGCCAAUUGUUUUGCACUAAUAUUUAGAAUGCAGUGCUUUCGUACCUCUGCACUGUUAUUACCACUCAAACUCCACCAAUGCCCCUAAAACUGACUAACAAACGUGUCCCUUCAUGUGCUUUAUUAGUCCGAUCAUUCUAAAGCCAGUAUUAACUUAAACAAAAGUACUGAACGCGGUACAAAACAUUUGUCCUAUUCUCUCCAGAGUGGUUUGGACUGAAGGUGCAGAUGAAUCUAAAAGAAGCACAUCGAGUCAUCGGCACGCACACACACGCGCACACACACGCGCACACACACACACACACACAC